AUGUCUCAUGAUAAUCUCCGCAUAAAUACGAUGUUCCGGACUCCAGGAUUAACCAAGACUGGAUCUCUUGUGGUGGAAUUGAUUAAACGGCUGCCUGUAUUCUUGCAGAGCUUCGAGCAGCAGAGCUCCAAGCAGCAGAGCUCCAAGGAGCAUUCAGAGUUGAAUAACAACAGCUUUGUUGAACGUAUCAAAAAGCGCCCAGGAUUGAGCUCUACUAAUGACCCUCAAAUCCGGAGAAUAUUUAGAGAUAACUGGCAAAAAGCUGUGAAGAUUCCUACCAUUAUUGAUGAUUACAAUCAUAAUAUGAAUGGGAUUGACCUAGCAAAUCAGUAUAGAGCUUUCUAUGAGACUCAUAUGCCCACUAAUCGGACCUGGUUGGUAAUUCUGUACUGGAUUAUUGACCAUGCUAUUGUCAAUGCUUAUAUCCUUCAUCUCGACUGGCUACUACUGGCUCUGGCACUACUACUCUAUCUCAUGUGCAGUUCCGUCAACAGCUCUAUCUUCAACUCUUUCAAUACUCAAAUCCUCUACCCACUACUCGAUCAAAUCUAG